AAAAUAAAUAGUCUUCUCCUUUUCCAAUUCCUGUAAGUUCUUCGAUCUAUCCGCCUCCAUAAAUUCUAAAUCAACACCUCUGCUUAAUCUUUAAAUCUACGAAUCUCUAAAAUUAAUUUUAAAUUUUUUUAAAAUUUUUUGAGAUGGGAGGAGGAUUUAGAGUACUGCAUCUGGUGAAACCGUUUCUAUCAUUUCUACCGGAAGUUCAGAACGCCGACCGCAAGAUUCCGUUCCGGGAGAAAGUGAUUUACACUGUGAUGUCUCUGUUUAUAUUUCUGGUGUGCAGUCAGCUGCCGCUCUACGGAAUUCACUCGACAACAGGCGCAGAUCCGUUUUACUGGAUGCGUGUAAUUCUGGCUUCGAAUCGCGGUACUGUUAUGGAGCUUGGAAUUACUCCUAUUGUUACUGCUGGAUUGGUUAUGCAACUCUUGGCUGGUUCUAAGAUUAUCGAAGUUGAUAAUAAUGUUCGCGAGGAUCGCGCUCUUCUCAAUGGAGCACAAAAAUUGUUGGGGAUUCUAAUUGCUGUUGGUGAGGCUGUUGCAUAUGUGCUCUCUGGGAUGUACGGUAGCGUUAGCCAGCUUGGUGCUGGGAAUGCUAUUCUGAUUAUCAUUCAGCUAAUUUUUGCUGGCAUCAUUGUUAUUUGCCUCGAUGAGCUUCUCCAAAAGGGAUAUGGUCUUGGCUCUGGGAUCUCCCUUUUCAUUGCUACCAAUAUCUGUGAAAAUAUCAUAUGGAAAGGAUUUAGUCCAACGACGAUCAACAGCGGUAGGGGGGCUGAGUUUGAAGGUGCUGUUAUUGCUCUAUUCCAUCUUUUGAUCACUAGGACAGAUAAAGUUCGUGCUCUCCGGGAGGCUUUCUAUCGGCAGAAUCUUCCUAAUGUCACCAACUUGCUUGCUACUGUUUUGAUCUUCCUCAUCGUGGUCUAUUUCCAAGGAUUUCGUGUGGUUCUACCUGUGAGGUCUAAGAAUGCCCGUGGACAACAAGGCUCAUAUCCCAUUAAGCUUUUCUACACAUCUAAUAUGCCAAUUAUUUUGCAAUCUGCACUUGUUUCCAAUCUUUAUUUCAUCUCUCAGUUGCUGUACAGGAAGUUCAGCGGAAAUUUCUUGGUCAACCUGUUGGGAAAAUGGAAGGAAUCUGAAUAUUCCGGUGGUCAUUAUAUUCCAGUUGGUGGUCUUGCUUACUAUGUCACACCUCCAGCAAGUUUGGCCGAUAUGGCAGCCAAUCCUUUCCAUGCUCUCUUCUAUCUGGUAUUCAUGCUUUCAGCUUGUGCUCUCUUCUCGAAAACAUGGAUUGAGGUUUCGGGGUCUUCUGCCAAAGAUGUAGCUAAGCAGCUCAAGGAACAACAAAUGGUGAUGCCGGGACAUCGCGAUUCAAACUUACAAAAAGAAUUGAAUCGCUACAUUCCCACGGCAGCUGCUUUUGGAGGAAUGUGCAUCGGUGCACUGACAGUACUGGCAGAUUUCAUGGGAGCAAUUGGCUCAGGAACUGGGAUUUUGCUUGCAGUUACAAUUAUUUACCAGUAUUUUGAGACAUUCGAGAAAGAGAGAGCCAGUGAACUUGGCAUUUUCGGCUUUUAAGUCGCGUAGCUUGUACUAGGAAAUGGUUAUGGUAGAAAGCUUAUCCUAGCUAGACAAAUGAUAAGUUUUGUCUUGCUAUAAAUGUUCUUUUAUCCGAGUUUUUAUUACAUUUAGAUUACGAAUUAACCA